CACCGGAAACGCCGUGAUUUGAAGCUGUUGUACCAGGCUAUAGCUUAGAUGUUUGCGGAGCGCGGUGAAAGAAAGCGCUGUGUGGCCGCUGCGAAUAGGGAUACGGGCGGUACAGAGCUGGUUCACAGAGUCAUGUCGGGGGAAAGGUUCUCCGCAAUGGACGAAAGCUCCCUCCGCAAGUUGCUGGAGGUUACCCUGGAUCUGACAGAGCGCAGAGAGAUACGUUCAGCUAUUAGAGAAUUGCGCCGGAAAGAGCUGGAGAGAUGUGAAGAGGCAUUGGCAUCUAAGCGCUUCCGGUCCGAGAGAAGCAAUGAACAGGAAAACAAGGAGAAUCAGCCUGGGGCUAGGCAAGAAGAGAAGCAGCAAAGAGCCCUACAUGCCCUGGCAGGGAGGCUGGAAGAUAUGAGCGAUAUAGAUGAACUGACCGUGCUGCUCAGAGCUGCCAGUGAGUAUGAGGAAAGGAAGCUGAUCCGAGCUGCUAUCAGGAAAGUCCGCAAUGAUGAAAUUGAAGCUGCAUCUCACGCUGGGGCUUUGGUCAGCCGUAGCAAAGACAGGGACAAUGGGGCUGUGCUCCCCAGAGGCAUGGAGAGUAAUGGGGAUCAUACUCCCUCGUUGGUGCAGGAAAAAGAAGACCUAGAAGAGAGACAGCGGAUCAAAGCUCAGAUCCAUGGAUUACUCAGUGCUCAGAAUGGGGACAACCAAUCAUCUAGAGUGAAAGAGUUACCCUCUGAGAUGUUGAUGAACCUCGGUGAUCCUAGAGAGAGACAGCCCUCGUUUUCUUCUUCUUCCUCUACGUCGUCAGAACCUGUAAAUCUGUCUGAUAUCGCAGAGGGCUCUUCCAUAAGCACAGAUGUCGCGCUAGAGACCAAAUCACUGAAUGGUGGGACCACACCUUGUCCCGAGCCUGCAGCUGGAAAGCAUAAAUCAGAGGAUAUAAAACCUAGCAGUCUACGUGCACGAGAUGCUCUCAGUCAGAUCUCUGUGGUAGACAAGAAACUACCAGCUGGACUUGUUGACAGAGUUGCUAAUAAUGCCAUCCACAGGCUGGAAUCUGAUAACAAGCAAUCCUUACCAGUGGAAAAGGCAGCAGGGGCAUGCACAGAGCAAGACUUCAAGGUUCCACUAUCCCCUUUUCGAAGAGCUAAUUCUGUACGUGACAGAGUGAAGAAGUUUACAGAAGAACCUCCAGGAGUGCAGCCUGUCCUCGGUCACAGGUUUGGCAGCAUGCGUGGAGAGAGAGCUCCAUUCAGGGGAGGACAUGUACAGCAGCAACAAACCUUGCUGUCUGGCAGUCAACAGAAUGGUCAAAGCAUUCAGAAGGUGACUCAGGAAGACAAAGUAAUUGUUAAACCAAGACUUAAUCGUACUGUUUUGGGGCCUAACGGCUACAGAGCAGACCAUAGUACUGAAGAAAACAAAACACAAGGCUUUAAAAUCAUACCUGAAUUGAAGAGCUCCAGGAGCGUGUCCAUAAAAGGAUCCUCUUCUGCCAGCUCUACAGGACUGUGCACGUCUGGGGAAGCGAGCAAGAGAUUUCCCCAAAGCCAGGGCUCCAUCACCAAGAAGGAUAGUGGGAGGGACCAUGUGGACCAAUUGCUUAUCCCCCAAUCCACAACAGAGGGGGAGAGGCAGGUUGAAAACAGAGAUGGGACAAUCGGAACAUCAGAAUUUCAAGGCAGAUCACACCACUCCACAACACCUCUCUGCACCUCUGCCACAGGCACACAGAGUGAUAAGCAGGACACAGACAUGAAAACCUUGCUCACCAUAGAGAUCAAGGAUGGGCGAAACCAGACGACUAGCAGCAGGAUUGUGGGGCAACCAGGCAACCAACGGGCAGAGCUUACUUUGGGAUUGACAGCUUCACCUUUCAGAAUUGGUAGCGGGGUUAGCACCAGCAGCGGCAUCAGCACAUACAGCUCAACUGGUGCAAGCACCAUCAGUGUGGACAGUGGCAUCAAUACAAGCACUUCAAGUAAGGUAGAAACAGAUCUGCCUCAGCAACCCUCUCAGCAGUUGGAAGUGUUUCUUCCAAGCACAACUGAAAAAGUAGAAACAGAAAUCAAGAAGAAGUUGACUGCAGAAGAACUAAGUUCUAUAGAAGAGGAGGAGAUCCUAGAUAAGAUGCUGGAUAAUACCACAGACUAUGAGGAGAGAAGAAUGAUCAGGACAGCCAUGAGAGAACUACGGCAAAGAAAGAGAGACCAGCGUGAGAAGGAACGAGAACAACGCUUUCAAGAGCUAAAGAACAAGGAGAGGGAGUCCAGGCUAGCAAGGAACACAGAGACCAGCAUGCGCCAGAGCGAAACUACAAACCAUGGCUCUGCUGUCAGCAAAAUCACCAAAACGCAAAGACUUGUACAGUCAAAUGAUGGAAGCAAAACCUCCAGGACAACCACAGUGGAAGCCAGUUACAUGAAACGAUCAGAGAAUGGUGGCACCAUAGUUCAGACAAAAUCCUCCUUCAGCUCCACUUCCAAGAAAGUUGGCAGUAUUUUCGACAGAGAAGACGAUGGGCAGUCCAGAGCCAAUAGCGUGACUGCAAUGGAGAGACUGCAGGCAGAAAGGAAGAAAGAGCUCAUGAAGGCCCAGAGCCUCCCUAAAACACCCGCUACACAGUCUCGCAAAGCCAUGAUUGAGAAGCUAGAGAAAGAGAGUGGCAGCUCCUCCAGUCCAGCCUUUGCCAAGGUAGCCACACCACGUUCAUCAGCUUUUGGUGUUCCCAAUGCUAACAGCAUCAAGCAAAUGUUGUUAGACUGGUGCAAAGCUAAGACACGUGGUUAUGAGCAUGUGAAUAUUCAGAAUUUUUCAUCAAGCUGGAGUGAUGGAAUGGCAUUCUGUGCCUUGGUGCAUAAUUUCUUCCCAGAUGCAUUUGACUACAGCCAGCUCAUCCCGCAGAAUCGGAGGCAGAAUUUUGACCUGGCCUUCUCUGCUGCAGAGAUGCUGGUGGAUUGUGUCCCCUUGGUGGAGGUUGAGGACAUGAUGAUCAUGGGAAAGAGGCCGGAUUCCAAGUGCGUCUUCACCUACGUCCAGUCCUUAUACAACCACCUGAGGCGGCACGAAAUGCGUCUACGCAACAAAGAAUUUUAAUUAAAAAAUGUUUUUGUUUUUUUUUAAAAAAUCCUCCUUCCCUCAGGUUUACCCUGGCACAGCACAACACUGUCUGGCAGUACCUCAAAACAUUUCAAUUUAUACACCACCGGAGAUCGUCACUUUCAGCAAAAAGUUGUGGUGCUGUUUACCACAAAGUUUACUGACUGUAUAUUUUAUUGUUCUUUUGUUGAUUGUCUCCCGCACUGUAACUUUUGCUCUUCUGCAGGUCCUACAAUGUCCUGCUGUGCAGUGUGUUGAAGGUCCUGCUGUAGAGGAAAGGUUUUUGGUUCUAGUCUAGUGCUGUGCCGGUGCAAUCCUGUCACUGCCUCAAAUGCCUUCUCCCCCUUCCCACAGAAUUAAUAUAUUUAGAUAUUAUUAUUAAAUAGCACCACAUAAGCGCUGGGCCUUUAAAAUGUCACAGACACAAGCUUUAUGACAGACAGCUGUAGAAGUUGACCGUUUCACUUCCAGAACUGCAUCGGUGCUUCAGUCGUCUAAAACAAAGCUUUUUUUUUGCAAUAUAUUUUAAAAGAAAAUGUAACUAAAAAUAA